AUGGCCGGUGUUGUCAGCAAUCAAGCUUGGGUUCACAACCCCCCAUUGGAGCGCAUACCGGUUGCUAUAUUGAACCGCAUAGUUUCUGAGUGUCAUCUGGAUAUCCUGAAUCAUGGCCCGGGGGCCAACCACGCCAUUCUUCGGCUGAUGUUCCGGCACCCGCAAGCAGUAGCAUCUCAGCAUGCACCUGCUGGGACAACAGGUGUGAAGGUCGAUCUGGCAGUCAAUGGCCGAAUAGUACCGGGCCCAAUUGCAAGUGAGCUUGCUGUUAAGACUUUCACCUAUAUAGGUCCGAAUAUACACGCUUCUCACUCUGCCGAGAUACUUGUUGUGGGUGAAAAGAGAGUCAACGACUUUCUAAAGGUGCUAGAAAGUGCUAAAUUGCUUCCCUGUUCGUUUGAUUAUGUCCUCCCCGAUGCCGUCGGGUGCAGAGAUUUUAUAUCACAGUACAUAUUUCAGCUCGAAAUGGCCAAGGUUUUGAGAAUACCUGCUCUCUCAGAUCUCUACAAAUGCUUCAAUUUCCGUUACCCAGCACCGGGAGUUUCGGGAAAGGUCGCGAGUCCGGUACCCAGGGCCCUGUUUGGAAAUGCCGCUUUUGUGCACAUUGCAGUCCCGGGAGUGUUAUACGUGCCGGCCCCUGGCCCGGCUCCUCCUGCUGCCCUGGCUCCUGCUCCUGCCCCCGCUCCUCCUCCUCCGGCUCCUGUGAAGAAGGUUCCUGGGAAGAAGGGAGCGGGGAAAGGAAAGAAAAAGGGGCCAUGA